AUGCUCGGCCGGCUGUAUUGCGCCUGUCGGGAGUCAGCAAAGCUUCCAGUGCCGCGCGCGCAGGCGUCGCUGCUGACAGCCCCGGCAGCGUCUGACUCGCUCGUCCUCCUCGAUCCACUUCCGCCGACCUCGCUCCCUUCCUUCGCGCUUGCUGCUCUUCUCUCCAGUCAUCUUCGCCUACCCUCGAGUUGCUCUACCGCACGCUGCGAGGCUCGCACUCGCUGUCUCUGCGUCCUCUCCCCACAUCAGUUCGUCGAGCGAAGUUUAGCGAUGUCGUCCGCCGUCACCGCGACAGCCGUUCAUGAAGAGCCAACACUGCCGACAGAACCUCCGCACUCUUCACCAGCAGCCUCCCGCGUCUCGACAUUCGACUUUGGUGACGGGGAGGACAAUGCGAAAGCCCUUCCGCCGGUUGAUGGAGGACGGCAUGCCUGGCAGUUCGUAGUGGCUUCGUUCAUGCUAGAAUGCUUCGUCUGGGGCUACUCGUUCGCGUUCGCUACGGUCCUCGUCUACCUCCAGUCGCAUGACCCAUGGCGACAAUACUCGCUUUCCGCGCUUUCAGCCAUCGGAACAACACAGCUGGGCUUGAUGUACUGCUUGCCAAUCGUCGGGGUGGUCAUCUUUCGACGGUACGGCGACUGGGUGCGGACGAUCUUGUGGACGUCUGUCGCUGUCAGCUGCGGAAGCAUGCUGCUAUCGAGCUGGGCUACAAAGCUCUGGCAACUCGUCGUGCUGCAAGGCGUGCUCUGCGGCAUCGCCAACACCUUCAUCUUUGCUCCCGUCUUCUGCUAUAUCUCGGAGUGGUGGGUCGCUCGCCGCGGUUUGGCGUGGGGCCUGAUCGUCUCAGGCAACGGCUUCGGCGGUUUCACCCUUCCCUGGCUCAUCAAUGCCGUUCUUCAAGCCCGAGGCUUCGCCUGGAUGUGCCGCGUGUGGGCGAUCUUCACCGCGGUUGUCUUCGCCAUUUCGAUCCUCCUGCUCAAGCCGCGCAUACCUUACGUUAAGCCAGCGAGCGGACGCGCGCCUUGGCUUGCAGUCGACUUCACCUUCUUGCGGAAUCCGCUGUUUAUCUGCAUGGCCAUCGCAACCCUCUUCUCUUCCCUGGCCUACCUUCCUGUCGCCAACUACCUCGCAGUCUACGCCUCAUCGUUCUCUUCAUCCGUCACGACGAUCAACCUGGUCGUCGGACUCUUCAACCUGGCAGCUUGCGGAGGCUCCAUGCUUGCAGGACGAGUGUCCGACUUCAGCUACUCGCUCGGCGUCACGGUUAUCGGACUCUGCGGCGCAUUCCUGAGCCUGACCGCCUGGGGUUUCGCCGAUACGCUUGCGAAGGUGUACGCUUUCGCGGUUCUGUUCGGCUUGACCGGCCAGCAAACGUCUACCUGGGGCGGCGUCGUCAAGGACCUCGCCUCGAAAAACCCCAACACGGGCACCUUCAUUUUCACCAGCCUCCCCAUCGUACGCGGCUCGGCCUCGCUGUUCAUCCCCUUCAUUCUUCAAGCAUUGUACAGUCGAGAGACAGCGGAACAUCAACGCUCCUUCGGCAGGUACGGCUUCAUGCGGAUGAUUAUCCUCGUCGGCGUCGCAUCCGCAACACUCGCACUCUGCGGCAUCGUCAUGGCGGGCCUGCGGCGACGUUUCGCUGUCAAGUCUUUGUAG